AUGUCUGAAGAUUUACCUUCGGAGCUCGAUGUGAAGCUGCUGAAUGCAAAAUACGUUGAAUACAAGCUGGCUGCUGAAAGAGAAGAGGAGGAGAGCUUGAAAGAGACGCUUUUUGAUGAGGAGGACUACGAUGGGGCAGAAGAUUACGACGAAGAAGACGAUGAUGACGAUGAUUAUAUUGACAACUAUGAGCCGCAAAUGAAACAGUCUCCUAAUCGAUUGCUCAAACUGGUGCUGAGAUCAAUAUUCAAGCUGAGGAAACACUGGCUGUUGACAUCACUAGGAAUCUCAAUCCUGGUGGUAAAUUGCUUUAUAUGGAGUUCUGCGUGGAACAUUUCGCAUCCUUCCACCCAGAUCGUGUCGAACGUCUCAACUUUUGGUGAUAUAACCAAAUCAAUACAUAACUUGCAAUGGCAAAUCAAUGAGCUGAACAACAGGCAAAAGUCCAAGUUUCAGGACUUGCGGAACUACAUCGAUCUCAAGAUGGAUGAAGUUUCAUCAAAGUUUAAGAAAGUGGACCAACAAGUUGACGAUAUCAAGAGGUCCAAUGAAGCUUUGCUCUCUCAGUUGAAUGCACUCUCGUUGGAUAACAUCCAAGUUGAGUUAUCUAAAAUACCCGUGAUUAUAGACGACGAUAAGAACAUUCAACUGUUACCAGAGUUCAAGGAUUAUCUACAGUCCUAUAUCAAAUCUUCGUUGUCUUCGAAUGAAGUACAGAGACAAUUCCAGCUCAAUCUACAAGGCUUCAUCUCGGAUUACACGCAGGAGAUUAUCCAUUCCAAAGUUGGAUUUAUGAACAGAGAAGAGAUCCUGAAAUUGAUUUCCCUACAGUUCCAGGAAAACAAGAGGAAAUUGAUUGACGAGAUCAAGCAGCUAACAACGAGAUCCCUAAGGCCAAAAGAAGUACCAGAAAAGCUGGUUUCUAGUUCGGGAUAUGUUAAACAGGAUAAAGUGGAUUAUGCACAAUCCUCAAACGGUGCUCGUAUCAUCAACUACCUCUCCUCUAAAACUUUUAAACCACGUACAAAAUCCAAGUCUUGGCUUCUAAGUGUCUUUUCUGCUUCGAGCCCAACCACCAAUAACCACAAUGCCAAUGGCUAUGAAAAUCAAGAUCCAGAUAAUUGGGAUGAUGUCAACCCUACCUCUCCCUUCAUCGUCUUGACACAAAACGAUGGGUUUUGGAAAACUGAAGAUAUUAACGGCACCAUUGGUAUCAAAUUCUUAGAACCUAUCUAUAUGGAUGAGUUCCUAUACGAGCACAAGAGAGUAUUCAAUAGUGCUCUGUUGACGUCAUGUCCAAAAGUCUUGUCUAUCUGCGUGCAAAGUGAUGACGACGCCUACCUACAAGAACACACCCCAUUCGCAAACGAACAGAGAGGGGAUAAAUAUACCAAGGUCUUGGAGUUGCACUAUGAUCUUAACGAUGAUGCUAUACAACAUGCUGAAGUACCUAGUUGGCUCAAGAAGGUGCUGAUCAAAUCUAUGAUUGUUAAAAUAGAUGGGAACUAUGGUAACGAUUUCUUUACAAGUUUGUACAAAUUUCACAUCCAUGGCAUCACUAGAUUUGACGUUCUUAGUGUGGAGAAGCUUAUGCAAAACACCGAGAUUAGUGAGGCUGUGAAGAGAGGUUUCAGAACUACGGUGAACAGCUUUGGGUCUGACGAAAGGACUUAA